AUGAGCAGUCCAGUGCAGGAGAAUGGAGGGGCGUUUGCCGACACAGACGCGUUCGCGGGGCUGGUCUUCGCCAUCUCGGGCAAGUUCACCGAGUCGCACGCCGCCAUCACCUCCCUCAUACGACGCAACGCCGGCGACGUCAAGGCCUCGGUCACCAAAGCAGUCACCCAUCUGGUGUCGACCCUGGACGACUUCAACAGCAGGUCCACUAAGGUGGAGAAGGCCCUCGCCAACGGAAUUCCCAUCGUGAUGGAGCGGUGGGUACGAGAGUCCAUCGAGGCCAACGAGGCGCUGCCGCUGCGGCCCGAGUUUGUGCUGCACCCGGGCAACCGCCCCCUGGCCGAGUCCGAAGAGGCCGCCAAGGCCAAGGCCUCCCCGCGCACGGCCUCCAUCGACGAAGGCAGAAAGGCCGAGCUGGAGGCGCCCACCGCGGCCGAGGACCUCACCGCGGCGGGCUCGGCGCCGAUCAUCGUCGACGAGUCGAGGCUGCCGUCGGCCGCCGUGACGAUGGCCAAGGACGCCUCGCUGCCCCCGGCGGCGGCGGCCGCGGCGUCGCCCGAGGCGGAGACCCAGAGAAUUGAGGCUACGGCGGCGGCCGCGAUUCCGCCGGUGCCGGCGCCCUCGCACGAGGCGCUGGUCGAGGCCGCCCGAGCCAACGAACCGAUGGUGGAGGAAGAGGCCGAAGCGAAGGCGCCCGAGAAGCGGAAGCUGGAGGAGACGCUGACGCCCAACGAGCUGCCGCUGCCGCUGGAGGAGCCGCCGGCCAAGAAGGCGAAGCUCGACACAGAAGAGGCCGCGGCGGAGACCACCCCCACCGGGACUGUGAGUGCGGCGGAGGAGACGGAGAUGCCAGAUGUGCUCGAACGGGCCCCGCCCGCUGAGAGCGGAGCGGGCACUGCGGCGGUGCUGCCGCCAUCGCAGGCCAUCCCGCUCGCUGAGGCUCCUCCUCCCGCCAUGGACGUCGCUCCCUCAGGAGCCGAGACGGGCGGACCCACAUCAAUGCGGGAAACGCAGCGCGUGUGCGACCUCAAAGUGCUCUUGCGGAAGGAGUACUCCCCAAGUUCGUCCCACGAACUGAGCGGCCUCAUCGAGAAGCAGCUGCUCGAGGGCAUCAACGUGCACAACGAUUCGACGGAGGGCUUCGGUUCGCUGGCGGACGUGUUUGCGCGCGGGGUGGAUGGCGGCGCGGUGCUGGUGGAGAACGUGCGGGACUACGCGGGCGAGGACUACUUCAACCUCAUCACCUACGCCCGACAGGGCAAGGAGUUCGGCAGCGUCCACCGCAACGACGAGGUCCUCAGCUGCGGCCUCCUGCGCGACGGCAACCUGAGCGCCGUCCGGGCCGAGGACCAGCACCUGAUGGAGCGGCUCAUGCACGUCCACCAGCCCAUCGUCCCCAUCAGCGGCAGCGCCUCGUCUUGA